AACCCGAGAGAGAUAAACAAAUAAAUAAACUUUUGGUUUUUCCGUCUCUCACCCCAAAAGCUUUUGUUGCUUUCUGCUUAAUGGAAGGGCCAUAGCCUUUUCAGUUUUCUCUCUCUCACACACACUCUCUGCGUUUUCUUCACUCUCUUCUCCGUUUUGCAUUUCUCUGUUAACAACCAAAAUCGAUUCUCUUCUGUUUCUGAUCUACAAACCUUCCUUAGUGUGAUGACUCCGCCGGCGGUGGUUACGGAGGAGGAAGGGCGGUGCAAACUCACGUCGACGACGACGGUUGCGACUGCAUCUUCACAAGUGGACUGUUUUGAGUUGAAGGAAAGGAAUUACCUAGGGUUGUCGGAUUGUUCAUCAGUGGACAGUUGUGCUUCUACUGUACCUAGCUUGUGUGAUGAGAAGAAGGGGAACUUGAAUUUGAAGGCUACGGAGUUGAGGCUAGGUCUUCCUGGUUCUCAAUCUCCUGAGAGGGAUCCGGAGCUUUUCUCUUUAAGCUCGGCGGCGACGAAGCUCGAUGAGAAGCCGCUGUUCCCUUUGCUUCCUACAAAAGAUGGAAUCAGCUCGACGUCGCAGAAAGCUGUGGUUUCCGGUAACAAGAGGGGGUUUGCUGAUACCAUGGAUGGGUUUUCUCAGGGGAUAAAUGUAAUGCUGUCUCCGCGACCUGCUGCUGCUCAGCCCACUACUAUGAAUGAAAUGCCAAACAAGAUGUUGCAAGAACGGCCCUGUGCUGCUAAUGGAACUGGACAUAACCAUACAGGUGCUUCUAUCAGUGGCAAUGCACCGGCUUCUAAGGCUCAGGUUGUUGGUUGGCCUCCUAUUAGAUCAUUUAGGAAAAACUCUAUGGCCACCACAUCUAAGAACAACGAUGAGGUGGAUGGAAAACCAGGUCUCUCUGCACUCUUUGUGAAGGUUAGCAUGGAUGGUGCACCCUAUCUUAGGAAAGUGGAUCUAAGAAGUUACACAACAUAUCAGGAGCUUUCUUCUGCCCUUGAGAAGAUGUUCAGCUGUUUUACCCUAGGUCAGUGUGGUUCCCAUGGAGCUCCAGGAAGAGAAUUAUUGAGUGAGAGCAAGCUGAGGGACCUUCUGCAUGGCUCUGAGUAUGUUCUUUCUUAUGAAGAUAAAGAUGGAGACUGGAUGCUUGUAGGGGAUGUACCAUGGGAGAUGUUCACUGAGACUUGCAGAAGACUGAAAAUCAUGAAGGGUUCUGAUGCCAUUGGCUUAGCUCCCAGGGCCAUGGAAAAGUCCAAAAUCAGGAGUUAGAGGGUUUCCUUGACUGAUGGUUGCCUUUUGUCCAAUCAAGUUAUAUUAAUGCUGGAUCCGAGUAGUGUGGAAAGCAAAGGAUGAUGACAAAUUCCGUGGAAUACUUCGUUGUUCUUUGAUUUUAAGUUCUCUAAUGUUUGUUUUGUCUGUUCCUACUAUAAUUAUUUUAUGAAGCUACCUUUGAAGUUUAGUAUUUGUGGAGUCUGUAAUCAUUAUAGGAACCUGUUUGUGUGGAUGAAUUGAAUGCCUGUUACAGCCAACAUUGGUUCUAAGUUCUAACAUUAUUCUGCCA